AUGUCGACCAUCUCCUACUGCCUUCUCUUCGUGUGCAUUGCUGCCGCUGUCUCCGCUGACGUUCUUCCGGACAAAUUCUAUGGAACCUUUGACUUGGAGCGAUCGGAGAACUUUGACGAAUACCUCAGCGCUAAAGGUUAUGGAUGGUUCACGCGCAAGCUCGUAACCUUCGCUACCUUCAAGAAAGUCUUCGCCAAGUCUACAUUCGCAAACAAGUUUGACUACUCCAACUUGACAUCGAAGAAGGACGUCAUCUACAGAGCAGUUGAGCUCGGAAAAACCUUCAAGGGAGAAGGAUUAGACAGCACUCUUCAUGCGAUCACCUUCACUCUUAAGGACGGACAUCUCUUCGAGCACCACCAGCCCCUCGAAACUGGAGAGAAUUCGAAGGAAGAGACUUAUGAAUACUACUUUGAAGGAGAUACCCUUGUUGUCCGCAUGAGCUACAAUGGAGUUGAGGGACGCCGUUAUUACAAGCGUAUUUCUGCUUAA